AUGGCCAGAUCCACUCAGACUGAAACAAGAAGCCAGCAGCAUCCACCACAGCCGCACCAUCUCGUACCCACCAGCCUGGUUUUCAGUGGACCGGGGGCACCACCGACCCAACCUCCACUCCUCCUAAUUCCGCACCAGCACCAGUACGCUCAGAUCCCAUUUCCUAAACCCAUGAACGGGUCAGAAUCCAUCUCCAUUCAUCCGGAGAACGGAACCAUGAAAGACCAAGACGCUAUAAAACUAUUUAUCGGCCAAAUACCGCGGAACCUUGAAGAGAAAGACCUGAAACCCUUAUUCGAACAGUUUGGAAAAAUCCACGAAUUGACAGUUUUGAAGGACCGCUACACUGGCAUGCAUAAAGGCUGUGCCUUUCUCACCUACUGCGCCCGUGAGUCAGCGAUCAAAGCCCAGAACGCUCUCCACGAACAGAAGACAUUGCCAGGGAUGACUCGACCCAUCCAGGUGAAGCCAGCUGACAGCGAGAGCCGCGGAGGCAGUGAUUGUCUCAAAACGCGCCCCUCGCACAGGAAGCUGUUUGUGGGGAUGCUGAACAAACAGCAGACAGAAGAAGACGUGUACCGUCUAUUUGAGCCCUACGGUGUCAUUGAAGAGUGCACCGUCUUAAGAGGUCCUGAUGGAAACAGCAAAGGCUGUGCCUUUGUAAAGUACUCCACACACGCUGAGGCCCAGUCAGCAAUCAGUGCCCUCCACGGCAGUCAGACCAUGCCAGGCGCGUCCUCCAGCCUGGUGGUCAAGUUCGCCGACACGGACAAAGAGCGCACCAUACGCCGCAUGCAGCAGAUGGUCGGCCAAUUCGGCAUCUUCAACCCCGCCGUCGCGUUACCGUUCGGGACCUACAGCACGUACGCGCACGCACUGAUGCAGCAACAGGCGGCCAUUAUGGCUGCCAGCCACGGCAGUUACCUGACUCCUAGCGUGGCGUUCCCCGCCACGCAGAUCCACCAGAUGGGUGCGCUCAACAUCAACGGCCUACCGCCCACCCCGAUGACCCCGGUGUCGGGUGAUUCACCGCCAGCUAACAUCACCACGUCUGCCGUGCCCAGCAUAGUCACGCCGAUCGUCAACAGCUUCACAGGCAUCCCGCACCACCAACCCAAUGGCCACCCUGCUGUGGAGGCCGUCUACACCAACGGCCUACCCACCUACUCCACCCAUAGCCCCACGGCUGCAGACACGCUCCAGCAAGCCUUUACCGGAGUGCAGCAAUACACAGGUACGCUGCCACAGAAACAUGGGCCUAUUUACCCAGCAACCACACUGACCCCUAUUGGCCAGACCCUUCCACAGCCGCCUCAGGUCAUCCAGCAGCAGCAACGAGAAGGACCAGAGGGGUGUAACCUGUUCAUCUAUCACCUGCCGCAGGAGUUUGGGGAUAACGAGCUGAUGCAGAUGUUCUUGCCCUUCGGCACGGUCAUCUCCUCAAAGGUCUUCAUGGACCGAGCCACCAACCAGAGCAAGUGCUUCGGAUUCGUGAGUUUCGACAACCCAGCGAGCGCACAGGCAGCCAUUCAGGCGAUGAACGGCUUUCAGAUCGGCAUGAAGAGGUUGAAAGUGCAGUUAAAAAGGCCAAAAGACGCCAGCCGCCCCUACUGA